CUAACUCACGUGAUCAAUGAUGUCAUUACUAUAGUGAUGUACAGACAUGGAAUUUCCCAUAGAUUUUUGAAGAGCUAUAUUUUGGCAGUGUUAGUUACCGUAGACUAUUUGUAAUUCUGUCUCAAAUAUUGUUAAGAUUCACGUCACGAUUACCUUAUAUCAAUUUGGAUCGACUACAUUUACAGCAACAUGACGUCAAUGGAGGGUUUGCAAGACCAACUGAGUAGGUUUUCUUUUCAUUUUGCAUGGAAACUUGAGUCCAAAUGUAUUAAACGGUUUGAUUCGUUGAUGAAUCUAAUCGACGAACACAUUGACGAGUCACCUGCUAUGGUUAUUGAGGGUCUUCUUUUUAAAAGCUACCUGUUUUAUUCCCGCUUCAAUGUUGAGAAGGAAAAAUCGAAUGCAAUCGACUGCCUCAAUAAAGUUCGUACACUACUUCAAGAUGAUCCAAGGGAAGAAUCGCUUAAGGACGGGUAUUUAUUCAUUGUUAUGGCUCUUGAAGCGUGGAUGGAACAGAACAAGACCAAACGCAAAAAAAAAAUUUGUAUUCUUGAGGAACUUAAUUCAAAAUACGUUGUCGACUCUCCUAAUCAUAAAAUGUUUUUAGGCAGCAAACAUGCCACAAAGGGAUUUGCAUUGUCGCGUUUAGGUAUGAUCCGAUACUCCGAGAGUAUCGAGCAAUUUAAAACAGCGGUAGAUUUGUGUCCAGAUGAAAACGAUUGGCACUUUUCGCUAGGAUUACUAAUUUGGAGAAAAGGUAAAGCAUCCGUCAGGCCCAAUGAGCUUUGUCCAGAUAUAACAAAAGCACAGGACAUUUUCUAUAAAGUCCUGAAAAAUGACCGAAACCACAGCUACGCAAUGGUUUUAAUAGCAGAAAUAAAACGAAGGAAAGGCAACAAUGAAAAGGCAGAAUACUUUUUAAAGAACGCGUUAAGACCUCAACCAUCACGCAAAAAAAUACUUGGAGAAGUCGCUCAGGUAUACAGAAGAAUGAAGAAAUAUAGUGAAGCGCUUAAGGUUCUACAGAAGGCCGAAAGACCAGGUUCAUUUAUUUAUCACCAAUUAUAUGUUGUGUUCAGAGAUCAGAACAUUCCACCACCAGAAGAGUAUCUUCAAAUGGCCAUUGAUGCAAAUCCAUCUAACCUGGCUGCAAAAUUCGAUAUGACCAAAGAAUUUAUUUCAAAAAAAGAAUAUGCAAAAGCAGAAGAAUACUUUGAAUAUAUUCUAGUCAAUAAUGAGGAUGAUGCAGAUAUAGUAAUUCAAACUAAUUAUCAAUUUGCGCUUUUCCUAAUGAGUAUUAACAAGCUCGAUGAUGCAGCUGAAAAACAAGAAGUCCUAGUCGAUAAAGCACUCAAGGAAUGUAAAGAAAACGACCAGCCACCUUAUACGUUCUUUACUGAGGUUGAUCGGAUGGUUCGAAAUUCGAUCAAAUGGCUUAAAAACUACUAUGAAAGAAAAGCCGAAAGAGAUGAUAAAGACUCACUAUUGAAGCUAGCCGGGUUGCAUAAAAAUCUAGGAAUUUUUAACAAGACAUGCUACUACUACAAAUUGGUCCUUAAUCAGCAACCACCUAUCAACGCAGUAGUUCGGUGGACGAUACUUGAAGAUGUGUUUAAAAUUAAAAUUGAAAAGGAGCUCAUAAUCGAUACUAAUUCCGUUAUUCAAGACAUGGAACAGCUCAGUCUUGAAAAUCCAAAUCCUGACAUUCUUCAUAAAUGCAAGGCGAAGUUAGCUUUCAAAAAGGGAAAAAUUGCUCUCAAUGAGAGUAGGGAAAAUGAUGCUUUCAAUCUCUUUACUGAAUCAGUAAAAUUUGGUAGUCUUAGAGGAGCAAGGCUGCUUCUUGAUGGACUCAAAAAUAUGGAUAGAUGUAACAGAGAUUUCUACACAAGCUGUGCUCAAAUUUUUGUUUGCAUUGAAAACACUGAUGAUGAUGAUGAUGAUAAAGAGCAAUUGAAAGAAGAUCUUGAUGAAUUGCUUUCUGCCGAUAACUCUGAUGCAGGUGUCGUUCUUUGUGAUCUAAGAAAAAUCCAGGUUGAAUUGGAGCGUUGCUGUAUACUACAGGACAAAAAGCAAAUCGCAAUUUUAAAAGUUGACGUCAUUCAUAAGUGUCGCACAAUCCUCAAUCAGACAAUGACUAAGUUUAGAGAUUGUCAUUAUAAUGGUACCAAGAAAUCGUGUGACUAUUUUAACAUUUUCGAUUGUUCUUCAGCAAAGAUAGAAGAGAAAUUCAGAUGUAAAAUUCAGGAAGAAUAUAAAUGGACUAGAUUUCAAAGGAACUUUCGUCGCUUAUUCACAUUCUUAGUUUCUAUUCAACCAGCUUCAAACUUUCUUAUUAAUAAUUGGAUGUUCGCUUUAAUCAGAAUGGAUAACGCAAAUAAGCACGAAAACCCCCUUGAAGAAAAACUUAGUGUAAAGGUUUAUGUAGACAAGUUUGGUAAGAUGGAGGAGAAAGAAUUUACUACGCUAGAAGUCGCAAGAAAGGCGUGUGACAACAUUGGACAAAUCGUGAAUGAAUUUUAUAAAGACUUGUAGAAUAAAAAGAAACUUUGAAAAUAAAUUUGACAAAUUCGUUUUUGUCACGAAUAUCCCCAUAGUGCUCCUUUUGUGCACAAAUCAAGAAAGCGCUGUAAUGUUGACCAGGGAACAGUGAAAUUACAAUUUCACUGUUCCCUGUGUUGACUAAUUGUUAAUUUUCAUCAUUUUUAAAGGUUCACAUUUAUCACCUCUUAGACUAAGAAUUAGCAUUCUUUUUUAAGCAGUCAUUGUUAUUUAAGAUGGAUAUUAUAAAUUCUAUUAAUAUCUAAGAAACUUUUUUUUAAUUUUUAACUUGCUAACUAAAAAUUUUAUUUAAAUCAUAGGCCUAACCGUUUUCCAAGACCUGUAGGAACCAAGAGCUAAUACUACCUUUAUUAUCUACAUUAAAUUGUUUUUCUUCUAAGAAAAUAAAUUUAGGAAAGUCAGUUAAUAGCUAAUACAUAAAAUAUGUAGUAUAAUUAAGAUAUUGGCGCCAUGUAAAUUUAUUUGAUUGACUGAUAUAAAAAUAUAACUGUAAACUAAUAUACAACGUACAUUAUGUGAUAGUCAAAUGUUACUUUUUUGCAUGGUAUUACAUAAUAAUUUGUUAAUUUAAUGAGACAAAUAAUUGUGAUCUAUAGCGCCACCUAUUUAAAAACAAUAUUCAACAUAGAUGGCGGAAACCUGUAAAUCUUUAAUCUCACUGAAGUACAAACCAAACCCAAGACUAAAUUCUAUUUAAAGUAGGCCUAAUACAGUACUGCGAAUAGAUUCUACAGAUUCAAAUUCAUAUUGUUUUCGGUGAAUAAAGUAUCAUGUUCCAGGCCAGACUAAAGUAUCAUUUAGCCUGGCCUGGAAUAGUCACAAUAAGGUUUUCAAAGUGCGCAGUUAUGCGUGACGACA